UUUUGACUGGAUACACACUCAAUGGCAAACAAAAAGGCCACUGUAUACAUUCUCGACAGCGGCCCAUCCAUGGGCAAAUGGCUUAAACUGCAUGAAGCAACUGCUUUUCAGAAAUCGAAAGAAGUCAUUCAAACGGCUCUCGAGGAAAAGUUACUUGCCGGACGCAAGACUGAUCAAGUGAGCAUUGUCAUUGCUGGCACUGAAGAAUCUGACAACCACCUCGCGGUUGAACAGCCUGGCCAAUACCAGCACAUAACUGUAAUGAGCCAGAUCAAGCAACCUGAUCUCGAGCUAGUGCGCAAAUUUGUGAACGUCCCACUCUUGGACUCAAAAGAAAACAGUGCUGACCCUUUCGAUGCGGUUAUAUUGACUGUUGCCAUGAUCAAGGACUAUGUACGCCACUUGAAGUUCGAAAAACGUAUCCGAUUGUUUACGACUUUGGAAGGAAACGUCAACUGGGACAACAUCGAAGAUGUCAAUCAAAUGCUGCGCGGAUGCGGUAUCGAAAUUUCAAUCGCCUGUUUGGGUCUUUCCGACGCGGAAGAACUAGGCAAUAGGGCAAACGAGAGAGUCAAAACGAAUCUGGAAAACUGGAAGCAAUUAAUGAAGGACGUACCGAACGGCUUUCUUAUUGACUUGAUGGACGCCAUUGAAGAAUCCACUCAAUUUCACAAGAAGGAAGUCCGACCCACGCCGACAUAUCGUGGCUAUCUAACAUUUGGUGAUCGCGUUCAAUUUCCUGAUACGUCGCUUUCUGUCAGUAUUAACAUGUACGCAAGAACAAUGGAGGCAAAAGUUCCGUCUGCAGGAAAAUGGUCGUCGAUUUCGAAUGUAACUGGCACAAGGAACGAACACGGAGCAGAAAGUCAUCAAGUAGCAUCCGACACCGUAUACAAAGUCAAACAUUUAGAUUCGGGCAAGCAUGCCAACAACGAAGACAACGACAACGCCGACGACAGCGGACAUAAUGACGAUAAUCAUGCAAACGAAGACGAAAAUAUAGUGGUGGAGAAAUCGGAGCUUGCAAAGGCAUAUAAUUUUGGCAAGGAAAAAGUUGUGGUAUCUCCAGAUACUGAAGAACACUUGAAGCUGAAGACCGAGCCAUGUAUGACUGUUUUGGGAAUCUACCACAAAAAGGCAUUCCCACCACAACUUCAAAUGUCCAACGUAUACACUAUCGUUGGAGGUAGUGACCAGCCCGUUUUCGCUGCAAAAGCUAUAUCAGCGUUUGCACAGGCUUUGGGAAAAAACAACUGGGUGGCAUUGGUCCGUCAUGUGUCGCGUGCAAACGUUCCGCCUAGGCUUGGUAUUCUUAAGCCUGUGUUGCGAGAAGACAUUGAUGCCUUGUACUUUGUUCGGGUCCCUUUUGCAGAAGAUUAUCGAGAUUUCACUUUCAGUUCGUUGGACAAGGUCUUUACUGAAUCUGGCAAAGAAAUAACGGAAGAUCAUCCUCUCUUGCCAACACAAGACGUACGAGACGCAAUGUCAGCUUUUGUUAAAGGCAUGACCAUCAAAGAACCAGUAUAUGCAGAUGAUGACAAAGGAGACGAUGAAACUGAUGAAGAAGAUGCAAUGAUCGAAAUCGAUGAAAUAUACAACCCUCAGUUAUGGCUGACCCAAAAGGCUAUGAUUGCUCGAGCACUCAACCCUGCAGCUGCCAUCCCUGAACUGGAUCCGCGUCUAAAACAACAGUUUGAUCAACCCGCAAAAUUGAUAGCCAAAAACAAGAACAGUAUUGAAAAUCUGAAGCGAGUGCUCAAUGUAAAAAAAGUUGAUCGUGCAAGCAAGAGAAAACGAUAUGGAGGUAUCGAUGCAGACCAAGGUGUACCAGAAAAUCUAUUACCUCUCGAUCAAGUGCUGCAGACUCAGCAGCAACGUGUUCCCGAAAUGCAUAUCAAGCAGGAAGAACAAACAGGCUCCGAGAUACGCGCACUCUUUAAUAAGGAGACACGCGAGAUUACAAUGGAAAAUCCCAAACGAGACUUCACUAACAUGAUCAAUAACCGAGAAGAGGAUUUGGUCACCAGCGCUGUGGAACAAAUGUGCGUUAUUAUCACCAAGCUUGUCACCCAAUCUUUUGGAGACCGAGAUUACGAGCAAGCUUUUGAAUGCUUGGAGUGUCUCCGAUCAACAGCAGCAAAGGAAGACGAGUCGGAGGCGUUCAACAAGUAUUUGUAUCAAUUAAAAAAUACGUGCGAUCCUAGCAAUCCACAGUCGCACAGACGCGGCUUCUGGGAUAUCAUGAAGAACAAACGCCUGACAUUGAUUACCAAUGAGGAAGCACCAGAUAGCAACGUAACAUCUGGAGAAGCAAGAACUUUCUUGGAAGAAGAAAAGCCGACAAGAAGUACAGGUCCCCAAGAAAGCAUGGAUGACGACAAUGGUCCAUCAAACGAAGAUUUGUUCGAUAUGUUGGAAUAAGAAUUGGUGGAAGGUAUAUUAACUUGGCUGACUUGGACAAUGCAAAACACUUUCUGGACCAUAUCCUUCUUUGCUACAAACAUACAAUCGUGCAAUUCUUCCAUACCAUGUACUCCAUUUUGUAACGAAAUUAAUAUCUUUGCUAUACUUUCUUAUAAAUGUUGUCACUGUGCUCUAAUCUGCGAAAGCAAUUAAUCUCGG